UCUCAAUUACUUUCCAUUACAAAACCGUUACACCUCUCUCUCUCUCUCUCUAUGGCUUCAAUGGCGGAUCAGACUCUUCUUCAACCUUUCCUAGCCAAACCCGCCACCAAAGACUCAGAUUCAGGUAUCUUUCCACGUAUCUUCUCUGUUAUCAUCAUCGGAGCAAUCUCAUUGUGGGCAAACCACGAGGCAUCAAAAGGCUUCUCCAUAACCAUCAUCAACGAAGCUAAAGAAACUCCUUCAGGGAAGAGAUUCUCUCUUUUCUUCGAAUCUGAUGAUACCGCGGUGAGGCUCUUGCUCGAGACGAGCUUCUUCGUGGAGAGGUUUCUCUACGACGGUGUUCCUCGUCGUCUCCGGAAGCCUGUAAACCACGUUACCGUACGGUUCAACGGAAACAGAAGUGAUGUCUCGGUAACUUCUAAUGCAAGUAAUGGAGAGUAUGUGAUCGGUUUAAGCUCAUCUUUAAUGAAAAGAAAUGAGUUUCGUAACGCUGUGAAGGCGGCAUUGCGACGAUCUAUGGUUAAGGUUUGGCUAUGGGGAGACGAGUCAGCAGGGGCUUCGCCGGAGCUUGUCGCCGGGUUAGUGGAGUAUUUGGCCGUACGUCGUCGUUUUGAUGAGUUAGGUGGGUAUUAUUGGAAGGAUAAGGAGUCUGUGAAUGUGGCUAGGUGGUUGGAUUACUGUGAAAGACGUAGCGAGGGUUUCAUCAGAAGGCUGAACCAUGGGAUGAGACUUAGGUUGGAUGAUCAGACGGUGGAUCUCGCUUCGAAUGGUGCGUGUGGUUCACGUCAGGAUGUGUUGCGUGACAAUGGAUUUGAUGAUUGAGACAUGAACAUGAUUGGUUCUCGUGCUGUCUUGUUGGAGCACACAUGGCUCCACGUGUAAUUAAAUUAUUCAGUGUAUAUAACUCAACCAUUUCUUUUGGUGUGGAAAUGACUUAUUUUCAGGAUAA